UUUCGUGGCCCACCACCAUCUAUCAGUGUUCAACAAGUUUAAUACUAGACAAGUAUCGAGUUUUUACUAACAGUUUUAUCUAUUUUUAGUUGUACCAGAGCAUGUGAAUUGGAUUGCUAAAGUUGGCAGUUAGAAUGUGCUAAGAUACAAUGUCGAAUGAAGAAGAACAUACGCUGAUUAGAGAUAUUUUCUAUUCUGGCAAGGACACUGAUGAAGAUGUUGAUCCUGCUGAUGCUAACAAGGAAUGUUUAGACCUAUAUCUUCCCGCUGGGGUACACUUUGAAAGAUGCAACGACACCGAGAACGGACCACUCCGUCCAUCUUCUAAAAAUCGAGCGAAUCCGGACCAGAAGGUGCCAUUUGUUAUUUUUGUACAUGGAGGAGGAUGGAGAAGGGGGGACAGGCAGGUUUGGCAGCAUUUUCUCAGUUGUUGGGACACAAACAUUUUUCUUGCUAUGGUCUCCUGGUAUUACGGUUGGUAUUCCAAUGUUGGCGAAUGUCUUGCGAAUUCAGGAAUCGCAUGUGCCGUAGUUUCUUAUCCAUUAGUGACAAUAAACAUAGCAAUUAUUCUGUGGGAAAAAAUGACUUCCUUUUUGGGAGGCGUUUGUAUGUCUUGCGUUUUGAGUGGUAUUGUUAUGUUUUUGUACGGAAAUCCAUCGAUCUCUUCGGUGCUCUGGACUGGAUUACUUUCAUACAGUGUUUUCAUAAUGGUGCUGAUGUUUGUUAGAACAGUAUCGUAUAGGAUGAACGCUGGACGAAGGAACCUGCUGUGGUUAAUAUUUGGUGGUGUUAGUUUUGUUAUCUGGGCAGCAACAGAUGAUUACCUUUACUAUAUUUCUAUUUUCUCGACGAUAUAUACCCAAUCUAUUUUAAUAAGCAAAAAGAUCAUUCUACCUCCAGUAACACACGCUGAUCAAAUCAAGGCAGUCAAGAGUGCCAUCGGAUGGUGUAAUGCUCUCUGUGAUAAAUCGGACUAUUUCUCUGAUAUCAUAUUAAUGGGUCAUUCGGCUGGGGGCCAUUUAGUCAGUUUGGUGUCUCUAGAACCUCAGAAUCAUUGCCAAAGAGUUAAGGGUGUAAUAUCAAUCAGCGGUGUUUAUGAUUUACAAAAACUUGCCACGGGCUUGCUUAAAUACGUCUACCUCCAUCCAAUAUUCGGCACAGAUCCGUCUUUUUGGCUAGCUUAUUCUCCACGUCAUAUAGCCAAGUGUCAAGCAGAUUACAAGCGCCCACCAUACUUACUCGUCAAUGCUGACCAGGACAUGCAUCUGAUCAAAGACGCCAAAGAUCUGAGCGAGACGUUCAAUGAACACAACAUCUCACAUCGUUUGAUGUAUAUCCUGAACCCAUCUCAAAGGCUUGAAACGAAUGCUGUUAAGAAAAUAACCCUUAAUGGUGAUGACCAUUGGAAAGGGGAUGGGGGACUGCAGACCUUUAUAAUGAAAUGCCAUUCAAGCCAAAUGCACCAAAUUCCAAUAAAACUAGAAAAAUCACAAUAGAAUCCCUUGGACAUGAUUUCUGUUAUACCUUAUGAAGGUCCGGACAAUAUUCAGAACGUUAAGUGCACAAAAACACAAAUAUUUCAACAUUUUAUACAAUAGCUGCCAUAAGUAGAAAUAUUGUGCAUUUAUUAAAAACAGACACAUGAUCAUAACAGGUCUACCACUAACACAAUCUAAAUAAAUCAUCAUUGUUAUCAAACAAUCAUUAACUGUCACUUGUAUAAGUACCAAACUGCUUAUUUCUUCAUUUCUACAGUAUAGCACUCAUAUUUGUGCACAUUCAGUGACUAUUCAAAUCAUUGGUAUACUCUAUAUUUUAGAUAGCAGUAGUAAUAAACUUAAUUUCAGUUAGGUUCAGAGCUGUUGAUUUAUCGGUCUUUGCCAGAAAUGUCUG